AUGUCCCAUGACAGCCGUCGGCUUAGCCGGCGCCACACCUCAGACAACCCUUUAGGAGGCUCAAGCUACCACGACCGUCACGUCCACGAUCGCCACACCCCGCCGAGACCGUCGUAUCUGCGCCCCACGCUGAGAGGGGCAGUGGCGUUGGACAUGGACGAGUACGCCCGCGAACAGCUGAAUAUCCUCCGUCUGCAGACCUGGCAGGCUCCCUUUGAAGAGCACUUGCUGACCUACGACGGCGACGAGAGCGACUACGGCUUUGGCGAGCUGAACCCGUGUCUGGAAGGCGAAGACGACGUUGACGACGUGUUUUACCAAAGUGACACGGAAAAGCAAUGGCCCGAUAUCGACGAGUUGGAGGAGUAUAUCCUUGAAGAAACCCAGGAUAUCGUCGACGACGUCAACGAGCUGAUAGCGCUGCCGAAGACUUCUACCCCCGCGGUGCCUGUACCCAAGGAGGAAGAAGCGGUGCUGUUUGGUCCUGCCACCAUUAAGGAUAACGAGACUGGCGAACUGGACCCUUUACUCAAGAACUACCGCGUCAAUGAGAUCGACCAGAUGGACCAGAUGGGGCUGCCGCAACUGAGUCUUCGUAUUACCCCCAAACCGAUCCAGCCAUGGGAGCCGAUGCCCUCGGUGAAAAAGAAGAAUAAGGAGGAGACGAUGCGGUUCACCUAUUUCAGGGAGGAUAAGGAGAAGACGAUCCACUCCCCUACCAUUUCCGGUUUGCUCCUGAGAGGUGGGGUUGGCGACGACUCUCUGACCCCGCUUCGCACUCGGUUAAAGGAAUUAUUUGUCCCCAGCUACUAUAGUGGACACGACCGGCACGGGUCCACUGCCGGUGGCACCGGGGCUAGCGGUAGCGGCGGCGCCUUUGGGGCUCUUGCCCUGGGAGCGACGCUGUCGCUGUUGCUGGGCGGGGGUUCAAGCACCAAUAUCCAGGGGCAGAACUUCACCAACGUCCCGUUUGAGGACCUGGCAGUAACCCCGUUUUGGCUCGAUAUUCUUGACCCCACUGAAGAAGAGAUGAAAGUGCUUUCAAAGACGUUCAACAUCCAUCCGUUGACUACGGAAGACAUUUUCCUCGGCGAGGGGAGAGAAAAAGUUGAGCUUUUCCGCAACUACUACUUUGUCAGUUUCACGUCGUUUGAUGUGGUGUACGAACGCCGGAUUUUGCGGGAAAAGGAGAAGGAGAAGAAAAUGGAGAAGCUUAAGGAGCUCAUGACCGAACAGGAAAAGCAACGCAAGUGGCUCCACCCGAUCAAAUGGUGGCGCAACCGCAAGAUGACCACCGUAUCCAAAGAUACGCAUCUGAUUACCCUGUACACCCCACAACGCCGAGUACGUCUGGGAGAGUUGGUACCGCUUAACAUGUACAUGGUGGUGUUCAAAAAUGCCAUUUUGACCUUCCACAUGUCACAAACGCCUCAUCCCAUCAACGUGCGUCGUCGGGCUCGUCUCUUAAAGGACCACAUUAAAGUGCUGAGUGACUGGAUCUCUUACGCUUUGAUCGACGACAUCACCGACUCCUUCGCCCCCAUGAUCGAGCUGAUUGAGGAUGAAGUUAACGCCAUCGAAGACGCCAUUUUCAAGAUGCAGCUGCUUGAGUCCGACGACAGCGACUCCGAGGACGAGUUCGCCACGUUUGACCCCGGUUUGAGAGUGAAGUGGCGGCGUAACCUGAGCCAGAUCCAGGAAAAUAUUUUCUUCAAGCCACGCAAACGGCUGAAGCUGACCGUCGACAUCCAUCAGCCCCCCUUCCUGACGCUGCUGGUGCUGCACUCGCUGCUGCUGUCGCUGCUGAGACUGACGAACCUGGGGGUGAUCAGAUGGCGCCGCCAAGGAGACAUGAUGCGGCGGAUUGGCGAGUGCCGCAAGCGGGUGAUGCUGGUGUUGCGGUUAUUGGGAGCUAAAGCCGAUGUCGUUCGCGGGUUCCUGAUGAAGUUUAAGGAGACCCACGGCGGCCACUCGCAGGUGCUGAUGUAUUUAGGCGAUAUCCAGGACCACAUCGUCACCAUGACUCAAGCACUUAACCAUUACGAAAAGCUCUUGGCGCGGUCUCACGCAUCGUACUUAGCCCAGAUCAAUAUCGAUAUGACUAAGGUCAAUAACGAUACCAACGACGUGCUUGGUAAGUUGACGGUGUUGGGAACGAUUGUGCUUCCCUUGAACGUCGUCACAGGGUUGUGGGGGAUGAACUGCAUGGUCCCGGGGCAAGAGUACUACGGGUUGGCCUGGUUCUGGGGCAUCAUCGCCGGCAUGGCCUUGUUUAGUUUGAUCGCCUACAACUACGCCAGCAAGGUCUACGGGUUAUAG